AUGGAUGUCUCUUUUCACCACAAGACCCCCAGGCACAAGCAGUACUUGGCUAUACCUACCCUGCUGAAGGCCAGAACAUCCAGGAGAUGUGGUGAGACUUCAGCUGUCCUCAAGGACAGGAAGAGAGGCACAGAGAACAGCACAGGCAAAGGCUGGGUAAUGGGGUUUGUGAGGUUGAUAGAGGACAGCGGCUUGGUUGCAAUGGUUAUGGGGAGAGAGGAGGUGGGCAGGGCCAUUCUGAGAAGGCGCCGGCGCCUCCCGCGGCAGGAGUCGCUUCUCCGCGGCCUCUUUCGUCCCCUGCGUCCCUACCCGGGCUUCCGAGAGUCUGACUCACCCGAGCCCGCAUCGCUUCACCUCCUACAACACACCCGGAGCGCGCGGAGAAAUUACAGGGUUGCAGGGGCACGGCUAGUGCGCUCUAAUUACCCACCGCCGCUCUCCUCCGCGGCGCUCGGCGGCACGGGGACAACGCGCCGUAAUUAGGCCGCCCCUCCCGGGUCCCGGAACCCGUCCCCCGUCCCCUGUCCCCAGUAGCGCGCGCGUCGGUUCCUCCCGCUGCUUCCUGCCGCCCUCCAGGACUGCCCCCUUGGUCCCAGGAGAGCGCUAUGAGACCCCACCUGGGGUGGGGGGAGGGGAGGACUUGGAGACCAGUCCCUAGGCCUGAAGUGGGGAAGCCGGCCCCUCCCCUCCCCUAAGCCUACAGUCUUUGAGAUCUCUGCAGGAAGGGACUGGGAGAGUGGGGAGGUGGCAGGACCCUCUCGUAGACAUGGUCACUGAGGCCGAUUGGAAAGUUAACUGUCCCGGGCGGGGGUGGGUAGGGCACCCGGGGAAUAGUAUCCCAUUUUGCACUGAAGGCUCAGAAAUGUAAAGGCUCUCAGGGAAGACCACCCAGCCAGAACUUCCAGAUCAGCUCAUUUAAGGAGCCGGACAGGCUCCUUCCCCUGACUGGGGAAUUACAUUCCUGCGAAGAAAGGUGAUACCCCCGCCGCAGACUGGAGUGCUGGCAGCCGACCAGCUGUGGCCUGUUGGCCACAAGGGAGCUGGUGAAGUGUGGCUCAAGUCUUCCAUCCCAGGAAGGGUGGGAGGAGGCCCUGAAGACACAGAAGCCAAGCCUGGUGGCCAGCACUUGAGGGGAGCAACUUGGCUGUCAGCUUCUUUAUCCAAACCAGGCUCGAACCUCUCCACUAUCAGGAAUUUUUUCCUGAUGCCCAGGGGGUUGCAAACUGAUGGCCAUGGGCCAAGUUUAAUCUUUAGUGAGGUUUUUUUGACCUUCAGUGAGUAUGUGGUUUUUAUAUUCUACAGACAAUGUGGGCUGCCCUCCCCAUUGGCAAAGGCCAGUGUGGCCAGACUAGGUCCCCAAAGGCAUUUGAGUUUGAGACCUUGAUGUAGACCAGCCCACCUGGCCUGUGCCUUUACCCUUUUCCUCAUUUUCUAGGAUCUCAGUCUGCACUAUUGCACCUUUGUAGUUUUUGCAUGUUUCUCAGUAAGCGUGCCAAGAUGAGUGUCCCUCCGAGCCCCUCUUUAUGCUCCCUACAGGUGGUGGCAGUGGUGGUUGCAUAUGCUUCUGGAAACCCCUCUGGCAGCCACUUUUUUCAUCUCGAAUAUCAGUCUCUGCCUUGGGUAGGCACCAGAUCUUUUCCAGCAGGGAUGACAUGGUAUUUUCUGCCAUGAGACUAGAGGUUCAUGGAAAGCAGGAUAUUGGAUCUCUCCCUCAGACUGGGGUCUCACUGAGGGCUAGGGGAAUGGGGUGUGGAGGUAGUAUCUUCCAUCAUAGGGAGCUCCCUGAGGGUGGGGCUGUGUCUCCCCUCAGACUGGGGCUCCUUGAAGGCAUUGGAUUCUCCCCUCAGACUGGGGCUCCCUGAGGGCAGGGCUGUGUCUCCCCUCAGUCUGGAGCUCCUUGAAGGCAUUGGAUUGUCCCCUCAGAUGGGGCCUUUGCACCCCAUCUCACCCCUCUGGCUCUCGGCUGCGCCCAGGCAUUCCUCCCAGGACACCGUUUGUCACGCUUCGAUGAAUGAAACCUACUAAGAAUAACUCAGUCCUUGUAGUCUCUAAAGGACAGGGGUGUUGGAGGGAGCGGGCGGAGACUGGUGAUUGUGGAGAGGCUGGUGGAGGAUGGACACAACUAUUCAUUCAAGAGCAUUUUCCCAGGUGCCCAUCUGGACACUGGCAGGAGCCACAGGGGGUGCCACUGAGCCCCCUACUGUGCCAUUCCUGCUGUUGCCAGUAGGGGGAUGGCUACAGGACUCCUGAGAUAGAAAUGCCACCCCCCUUCUUCACAGCCUUCCCACCCCAGAAGUCAUCACCUCAGUGCCACCCAGCCCUCUGUAUGCCUGCCACCAAGUCCCUCUGCCUGGAAGUCAGGUGCUUGGGGUGGGGGACUGCUUCCAAUGGGACAGGCGCUGUGGCAGGGGGUGCCUGUGGAGCAGCCUUCAUCUUCCUCCUGCGGAGAACUGUCAGACUGACCACGGGGGAAUGGAGAAGCGGUCUCAAAAUGACAGGAGGGCAUUUGGUGCUUUAAUUGGGGGAUGGGGUAUGAGUGACCCAGAGGAUGAACCCCUGUCCCCCACCCCCACUCCACUCUUCCUCCCUCAUCCUGCCCCUUUCCACUCCCAAACCUCAAGCUUCCAGUUAAGAACUGAGGGAACUUUCCAAUGCAACUGUUCUCCCAGGCACUUCACAGGGGGCCCAUGGGGUGGGGAGGCUGUGACCUUAACCCGCGUCUCUGGAUGAGGCCUUCCUGGCAUUCCGCCCUCACCUGCCACCUCUUGAGAGGGACAUUUUGGCCUGGUCAGCCUGUGAGCCAGGCAGCCUGGUAUGAUACCAGCUCUGCCACUGAUCCCUCUGUGACCUUGAGAAGCCCUUUGCUCCCUGGGCCUUAGUUUCCCCACACAUAAAAUGAG